AGUAACAGCGCGCUCCCGAUGCAGCACGGCGUUUAUUUAGAUAGUUUAGUAACCAGAAAUCCCCCUGGGAAUAAAUCCAUGUUUUUACACCCGUAUGGGGGACGGAGAGUGAAGUAUUUGGAAAACAUGGACACGACUUUGGAGUAAAGUGUUCACGACUUGUUGAAGUGUAAAAAAGCGGGUUCCGGUGGCGAUAUUUUUUCUGUCAGGAAGUUUGACGUAUUCGGCUGGAGAUUAUUUGUUACUUUGUUUUGCUUUGGGGGGGGAAGUUGUGGACUGCAGUCUGCUACAGAAACUGCACGCAAACUCUGUGACUCCGAGAAAAGACUGCGUUUUCUUUCACAUUAGUCAGUUUUAAUACUUUUAGCAACCCUAAUUUACCUACGAAGCUCUGCGAGGUGUAAAACAUCGAUGGAGUUAAUCGAACUCCCCUAAAAUAAAUCGAGGUUAUGUGUACAACAACGUGAGCCAGUUUUUGCAACAUGUCGCGCACUUAAUAAAGUAUACUUCUUAUGCAUUCACAUGCAUUCUUAUAUGUUUUUUUAAACCAUAUUUAAGUUGCAAUGAUAUAAGGAUAUCUGCAGCCUGCUGUAUUGUGGACUCCAACCUGGCAACGCAAAGAAGGACAAUCUGCAAAUUUAGCAGGAAGAGGGGCUAUCAAAAUCACGGAAAUCGUUCGGUCUUUUCCUCUGGCGAAGCUGUUGCUUACAAAUGGAUUUCAAACAGGCCAUACAGUUAUUCUUACACCUUUCUUGGUGGUUUUUGUGCUCCGUGAUUGGCGGUAUUCAGCGCCCUGAUCUGCAUGCUUAGCAGAGUCGUCUGUGAACAAUGAAAACAUGUUUUGGAAAUUUAAGUUUUCCAAAGGUCCGAGGCUGCAGCGGAUCAGGAGUUAGUCUCUGGGACACAGCUGGAGAAGCCUGAUGUAGCCCGCUUUUUCGAACAUUUUCUGUGUACAAAUCACAGCUGUCUGUUUGUUUUUACAACCUGGAGACUAUCCGUUUGUGUGAGUGCGUUAAUUUUCCGUUGAAGAAGAAGAGUUAUCUGGGGGGGGUCAGCCCCGCCAUGGCACCCCACUCUCACACACGCUCACCGGUGUGACGGUCUGCCGGUGGACACCGAUGGACGUGAGCGACGGCUGGAACUACUGCGUCAUCCCUGCUGCGAGACACCGGUGACGCAAACCACAGGCUGUUGGUGAGUUUGCACACCACAGACACGUUUCUGAGGACUUGGUUUGAAGACCACGUGAGCUUACAUUGCCACAAUGAACGAGAGGCAGGCUCUCCACUCUAUAAUGAAGGACCUGGUUGCCCUCCAGAUGACGCGGCGCCAGCCUGUGUUGUCAUAUGACGGCAACAAACCCAAGAUACCUGCCCAGGCCAACAGACAGGACGAUGUCAGGAUAAAGUUUGAGUUCUCAGGAGAGAGGAGGAUCCUGAUGUUUGGAAGGCCUGUGCAGUUUGAGGAAAUCCACCAGAAAGUAAAGACUGUCUUUGGCCAGCAGCUUGACCUGCACUAUAUGAACAAUGAGUUGUCCAUCCCCCUGCGAGACCAGGAUGACCUGGACAAGGCAAUCGACCUGCUGGACCGCAGCUCCAACAUGAAGAGCAUCAGGAUCAUGCUGCUCACUCAGGAGCACAGCAAUGCCCCCUCCCCCUCCCACCACGUGCCGUGUAAGCAGGUGAGGGUCAAACCCUCGCAGUCCACUGGAGACGUUAGCACGGCCUACCAAUCGUCAGAGCCCAGGGGACGCCACCUAUCAACUGGUUCUCAGAACACGGGGCGAAGCUCACCGCCUCCUGGCUACGUGCCUGAACGCCAGCAGAGGAUCGCCCGCCAAGGUUCAUACACCAGCAUCAACAGCGAGGGGGAGUUCAUCCCUGAGACCAGCGAUCAGUGUGUGCUGGAUCCUUGGAGCAGUGCAGACAAUUCUGUUUCUGGCAGCUGUCAGUCUUUAGACAGCAACUCAGACAGCCCCUCACUGAGAAAGUCUCGAAUGCAUAGAGCAAAGAGUUAUCCUGAUAAUCGUCAGGAGGGCUCAGACCGGGAGAAUCAUGUGUAUGACAGGGUAGCAGGGAAAGGAGGCACCUUUCCUCGUAGGUAUCACGUCUCCCUGCAUCAUAAAGACCACAGUGAAGGCCGGCGGACGUUCCCGAGGAUCCGCCGCCCCCAGGGGAACCUGUUCACUCUGGUGCCCUCGCGCCGGUCACUCAAUGGCAGCGAGGAGAGUGUGGGCAGCUGGCAGCAUGUCGACACUCAGGGCAGGCUGCGGCCCCAAGAGCGUCCUGUCGCGCACAAGUCACCCAGUGCUCCGAUGACAUGGCGGCGGGGGAAGCUUCUGGGCCAGGGAGCGUUCGGUCGUGUGUACCUGUGUUACGAUGUGGAUACUGGGAGAGAACUGGCUGCCAAGCAGGUCCAGUUUGAUCCAGAGAGUCCUGAGACGAGCAAGGAGGUCAGCGCUUUGGAGUGUGAAAUCCAGUUGCUGAAAAAUCUGCACCACGAGCGCAUUGUUCAGUACUACGGCUGUCUGAGGGACCACAAUGAGAAGACCCUCACCAUCUUCAUGGAGUACAUGCCGGGGGGUUCAGUCAAAGAUCAGCUGAAGGCCUACGGGGCGUUGACAGAAAACGUGACACGGAAGUACACAAGACAGAUCCUGGAGGGCAUGUCCUAUCUGCACAGCAACAUGAUCGUACACCGGGACAUCAAAGGUGCCAACAUCCUGCGGGAUUCAGAGGGCAACGUGAAGCUCGGAGACUUUGGAGCCAGCAAGAGGCUGCAGACCAUCUGCAUGUCUGGCACCGGCAUCCGCUCUGUGACCGGCACCCCGUACUGGAUGAGCCCCGAGGUGAUCAGUGGAGAGGGCUACGGGAGGAAAGCUGACGUCUGGAGCCUUGGUUGUACCGUGGUAGAGAUGCUGACGGAAAAGCCUCCAUGGGCUGAAUACGAGGCUAUGGCGGCCAUAUUCAAGAUCGCCACCCAGCCCACCAACCCACUGCUGCCUUCACACACCUCGGACCAGGCACGGGACUUCAUCAGCUGCAUUUUUGUGGAGGCCAAACACAGACCCAGUGCUGAGGAGCUGCUCAGACAUCCCUUCUCCCAGAUUCUGUGCUGAAACCUGCCCGGUUUCUAACUUUUUAUCACAGACUAGCCUAAUCAGUAUCUGUAGCUUCCUUGAAACCCAUCCAUGGCAGAAAUCCGGACGUGGAACUGGACUAGAAGUCAGUGUAAAACCCAACAUGCCUCUUCCCCCACGUCCAACAGCAGCAUCUAUUUCUUGAAUACCAAUGCCAGUACAUGCUCUUACACGAGUCACCACCAGGGGGAAACAAAACAUUAAGUAUCUGGUGGGCAGCGGAUCCUUACAAACACUCUUAUGUGCACAAAUGAUGCACUCCAAAGACAGCAUCAUUAAGUCAUGCUACAGUUGUUUAUUCAUCCAGUUGCCUCUCCUGUAUUUGCGUUCACUUCUUUGAGCAGGGAUCAGGUAUUUGACAUCAUUUCAAAGCUUCAGCACACACCUGGUGCACAACAGUGUUCAUUAUUCCCCCCCCUCCUCUUUGUCUAGUUUCUUUUUCAAGAAAACUAAGAUCUUAGAGUAGUUAAAAGCUAUGUUUGAUGCAUUGCUUACUAGAUGAUUGAGUAUAUUGAAUGAAACACAGAUGUUGGAGAUAUGUGUAGAGUAGCUACACUGGAGUUUAUAUAACAGAACAAGUCUUUAUUUUAGUUCCACAGUUUAACAUCAUUUAGUAAACUGGUAAAAAUGUAGGAACAAAAAGUUUCUCCACUGACACGUUUUCUUUAUCAUAGUGCAGCAAAGUGGAUGUUUUUUUUCAUCAAGAUGGUUAGAUGAGUUUUGAAGACUCUGGAAAUGCCUUCAGAGCAGUGGUGAUUGUAAUAAUAGAGAUUCUAACUGAGGCUAUGCAGCCACAGGACCUGAUUUAAGUCAGAGAUACAACUUGAAAUGUUUCUCCAAAGCAGAAAACACUCCCUCCACAAUCACUAUUGCUGCCUCCUAACUGUAGAAGUAUGAGGAUGAGAUAUAACAGUGUCCGAUGAGAUGAGGGUGGAUUUUUCUUUUUGACUUCUCUCUCAUGUUUUACAUUUCGCCUCAAUGUGACUUAUCCAUCUACCUGCCAUUCUCUUCUUGUAGCUCUUCAGCAUCACAGGUGUUCUCAACCGACAAAGUGCCAAAAAGGGGCCGAUGAAAUGCCUCAGACUUGAUCAGUUUUAUAUGAAAGUUGGGCAGAUGCUUUAAACUGUUAAAAGUACAAAAUAUAUUUCCGUUGGCUUUUGCCUAAUAUGUCUGGCGCAAACAUUCCUGACUGAGAAGCCUUAGUUUGAGGAUCCAUUUUAAAUCAGAUGCACUUUUAUGUCAAAUGAAUGUUUUUGUCCUCUUUACCAAAUUCAUAAAUAUUGUUAACUUCAAAUGUGAAAAAUGUUAAAACUUUAUUUAUAUCCCCAUGUCUAUCCCAAUUCGAUGUUUUAUAAGCCAAUAUGUAUAAAUAUAUUUUUAUAUUUAGACUGUGUCAUAUCUAAUGAUACUUUCAGGACUAAGUAAAUCAUUGAAAGCAGCUGGUUUUGCAGACAUUGGGGUUUAUAAAAGAAGAAUGGGUGAGAAACAAACUCUGCCUGUCUGGUUCCUCUUCCAGCUAAAAAACCUUUCCACACAUUCUUAGGAAACGUUUACUUAUAACUUAUAACGCUUUGACACAUCGAUAAGGUGUCAUGAAUGAAGCCUUUAAAUGCUUAACUGCUGGGAGUACUUUUCUGUGAUCUCAGUAAUGAAAGAGUGUGUGUGAGCCAAAGACAAGCCGGAUCAGAGCCAGUGCUGGAGCGCAGAGUUCCCUGUUCAUCCCAUACGACGACUUUGUUUAUCCCAGGGUUCAGACGAGUCCAGUAUUUAAUGAAUUUCUGGGCAAAAUGCUUGCUGCUGCCUUAAAGCUAAUAUAAGAACUUUCUCUGGGGCUGCUACAGGUUAAAGGCAGCUAAAAUAUGUUCAGUGUUUAAACAUUUUUUUUUUUUAAGGAAAAGACAGUAAAGAACCCUGUGGUAAGCAAAUUAAUACAAACUAGUUGUUUAGAGAUCUAUAUAUUAUAAAUGAUGAUGUAUCACGACAGGACUUGCAGUGCAAAGUCUAAUGUAUCAAAUGUAUUUUACAGCAAGAAAAUAAUAGUAUGUUUUAAUGAAAGUGUUUAUAUAUUAUAUGUCAUGCCCUCUCUCCAAAAUAAAUAGUUUUUAAGAA